GGACACUCCAACCCAGGAGUCCCAGUGGAAGAGAUGAGGCACCCAAGGGCCACCAAAGGAACCAUGCCCAGAGGCAUGUCUGCCAGUGAAAGACUGCUCGGUGCCCAGUGAGUACGUUGCUGUGCUAGCUGUGGAAAAGGGAAGGAAAUGAAGAGUGAAGAAGCUAGCCAUUUUUUCCUUUCCAUUGAAUCUUUUUAAGCAUUUUAAUAUAAAUGCAGUCCUUAUCAGGAUUAUUACAAGAAAGUGAGAAAAACAGUGAGAAAGAGACACUCUCAAAAGCUCAAAGCAUGGAAAAAACUAAAGUAAAAGAAAAAUAUCUUCAGCAGGCCAGGAGAAGAGAAGAAGUACUAGCUCUCCAGAGGAAACAGAGAGAAGAAAGGAUUGCAAAAGAGCUGAUGUCUCACUCACAUAAACCAAAGAUCAAAACUGAUCAAGUAAGCAGGCAGAAGGUGUCUGAAGCUGACCUUAUGGAUCAAGAAGCAGUAAAGGCCCUUAAAUAGUUCAGCUAAAUUGUCUGAUGGAGAGAAUAAAGUGUUUCUUUGCCCCAGAAAAAAUAUCCUGCUAUCAGAAGCAUGCUGCUUUGGACUUCAAGCCAUGUACAUUUCUCUUUUGACUACAUAUCUAGUUGCUCCUACUGAGACGUGGCAUGAAUGUGGCAAAGGCUGUGGAUAGGCUUGCAGAAAAUUGCCAGCCUACCCAUAACUUUCUUUGUUUUGCUAAAGUUAAAAUAAAUGCUUAAUUCAGAAACAUUUUAAAUUAUG